AUGAACUUAUUGAACAUCGCUAAACACCUUCUUUAUUUGGCUGAAACUGAAUAUACAUCAGGGAAUUCUGCAACAACUGUCGAUGAAGUUGUUGCUGCAGAACGAUUGUUCGAAGAGCUGAAGUCAUUUAAAGACAGCUACUUCAAUGAGAUGUAUUCUUAUGAUACUCUCGAAUUUGAAGAUGAAUUUGAUGAAACAGCUGAUGAAGACGAAAAUGAUGAUGAAAUGGCUGAUGAAGAAAGCGAUGAUGAAAUGACUGAUGAUGAAGAAAAUGAUAAUGAACUUGACGAUUACAAUGAGAAAGAACAUUCUUAUAUAAGAAAUCGAUUUCCAUUAGAAGAAAUGGAAAAUAUAAUCGAAUGGGUUGACCAACAUCCGAAUGCUAGAUUCUCUACUAUUUCUCAUCGAUUUAAAAAAAUCAAAUCCAUGAAUUAUAUUCCAAGAUUUAGAAAAUAUGUCGAAAACAACGGUACAAGAUUAGAAAAAAUAAAGCAAGUUAAAGAAUUUAUGUUUAAUGAAUUUUAUGUGAAAAGAACAAUUGAAAAAGAGGCCGUUCAUGAUGCUGAUCUAGAGCUUUAUGCAAUUCAAAAAGCAAGAGAAUUAGAUUGGGAUACAUUCAAGGCAAGCAAAGCAUUCAUCGAUACUUUUAAAAAGGAAAAUAGAAUAUCAUCAAGAAGAUGUAACAAAAUAAUUACUCGAACGAAACCAAACAAAAAACAUUGUAGUUUAAAUGAUGCUCAUAAUUGGAUCGAAAGUAAAAGACCUUUAAUAUUAAAAUAUUCUACCAACGAAAUCUUGAACAGAGAUCAUUGUUCAUUUCAACAAGAACAUGUACCUCCAAAAACCCUUUCUUUUACUGGUGAAAGAACAACAGAAGUUGCCGUUAAAAAGAAAUAUAAUACAACACAUUCUUAUACAGUUCAACCAAUCACAUCAGCUAAUGGACAUUUAUUGGACAAGUUCUUAAUGAUCCUUCAAGAAAAAGAAAAUCAAUUUGGUCAAAGGGUGCAAAAAAACUUAAUUGUACCACCAAAUGUUGUAAUCAGAGCUUCAAAAUCUGGAAAAAACAGUGGUGUAAAACAUCACGUUUUUUUAAAUGAAGUUCUACGCCCUUUGGUUGGUAAAAAAUUUCUUCUCUUCCUUGAUUCUUGGAAAAUUCAAGCUGAUCUAACAAAAUUUAGAGCAGUAUUUCCUAAUUAA